AUGGCCACGCCCAACGAGCUGGGCGCCGCCUCCCGCCAGGGUAGCACCCAGCUGCCCGUCACCCCCGCCUUCCCCGUGACCCCCCAGCUGCCCGAGAUGAGACACCUGUCCAGCGGAGACGCUGAGAACAAGAACCUGACGCUGACGCCAGUCAGCGGCGGAAGCACGCCCAACCUGUCCGGCGCACUGCCGGACGUCUCCAAGUCCAUAUACGAUGGGUAUCCCGACAUCAAGAUGAAUGUGAAGUUUGUACAGGACACCUCCAGGUUCUGGUACAAACCAGACAUCUCCAGAGAACAAGCCAUCAACCUGUUGAAGGACCGGGAGCCCGGCACCUUCAUCAUCAGAGACAGCCACUCCUUCCGUGGCACCUACGGCCUGGCCAUGAAGGUGGCGUGCCCGCCGCCGACGGUCCAGCAGAACAAGAAAAUCGGAGACAUGACGAACGAGCUGGUGAGACACUUCCUGAUCGAAACGAGCGCCAAAGGCGUCCGCCUGAAGGGCUGCCCCAACGAACCCUACUUUGGGUGCCUCUCGGCCCUGGUGUACCAACACUCCAUGACCCCGCUGGCCCUGCCCUGCAAGCUGAUGAUCCCCACCAAAGACCCAAACGAAGAAGCACUGGAGUUGGCCACGCCCACUGAUCCUGUCCUGGAGCUUCUCAAGCAGGGAGCAGUUCAGAAGGUUCCAGAAGAAGCUCAUGCGUGCAACGUCCUCUACAUCAGCUCGGUGGACAUGGAGUCUCUGACGGGGCCUCAGGCCGUGGCCAAGGCCAUCAGCCAGACGUUGGCCAGCAACCCGCUGCCCGCCGCCACCACCGUGCACUUCAGAGUGUCGGCGCAGGGCAUCACGCUCACCGACAGCCAGAGGAAGAUUUUCUUCAGACGGCAUUAUCCCAUCAGCACUUUCUGCGACGUCGAUCCCCAGGACAGGAAAUGGGGUAAAGAAGGAGGCGGCUCAGUGAGGCUUUACGGAUUCGUGGCCCGGAAACAAGGAAGCACAACAGACAACGUGAGCCACCUGUUCGCCGAGCUGGACCCCGACCAGCCCGCCUCCGCCAUCGUCAGCUUCGUCUCCAAGGUGAUGAAGCGAGGAGACCUCUCCGGCGUCAAGGCGACGGCGAUGUCGCAUCAGUGUGGAUCCAGAGUGGAGCUGUGCACGUGA